UUUCCAGCAUCCUGGCGCUGCAGGUCGCGGGUGGGGGCGCGGCAGGCUGUAGGCGGCGGAGCGUGCAGCAGCCGCUUUCUCCGGCUCCCGCUAAAGCACCAACAGGAACGGAAAGCUCCAGAGGCACACAAUCAUCCACAGGCACCGCGCGCCCACGGAGACAGGCAGGGAAGAGAAGCCCGGAGAAGAAGGCGGCUGUUUCGAGGCGCAUUUCACAAACGCGGCGUAGUCUUGUAAACGCUGGGAGCUGAAUUCAAAGCCCACCGCCCUUCGAGGCCACCCGGACUCUGCUCGCUUCCAUCGCCCUUUCAGCGGCCCCUAAGAAGAAGUGAUUAUCGUAGUCCGCCACCCCCACAUGGCGCUCAUUAUGGAACCUGUCAGUAAAUGGACGCCGAAUCAAGUGGUGGAUUGGAUGAAAGGCCUUGAUGACUGCCUGCAACAAUAUAUCAAGAAUUUUGAGCGGGAAAAGAUUGGUGGAGACCAGUUACUACGUAUUACUCAUCAAGAACUGGAAGAUCUGGGAGUUACUCGAAUUGGUCAUCAAGAGCUUAUCCUGGAAGCAGUUGACUUACUCUGUGCAUUGAAUUACGGAUUAGAAACUGAGAACCUAAAAACACUUUCUCAUAAACUAAAUGCAUCUGCCAAAAACCUUCAGAACUUUAUCACAGGAAGAAGGAGGAGCGGUCAUUAUGAUGGUAGGAGUAGCAGAAAAUUACCAAAUGAUUUCCUUACCUCAGUGGUGGAUUUGAUUGGAGCAGCAAAAAGUCUCCUAGCAUGGCUGGACAGAUCACCUUUUGCUGCUGUAACAGAUUAUUCUGUCACAAGAAACAAUGUCAUACAACUCUGCCUUGAAUUAACAACAAUUGUACAACAGGACUGCACAGUACAUGAAACAGAGAACAAAAUUUUGCAUGUGUGUAAGACUCUAUCUAGUGUCUGUGAUCAUAUAAUUUCACUUUCAUCUGAUCCCCUCGUGUCUCAAUCUGCUCACCUGGAAGUGAUUCAGCUAGCAAACAUCAAGCCAAGUGAAGGGCUGGGCAUGUACAUUAAAUCUACAUAUGAUGGUCUCCAUGUAAUUACUGGAACAACAGAAAAUGUGGGGUGGCAGUUGAAAAAUUUGGUGAAUGCACUACGAGAGGAUCCGAGUGGUGUUAUCUUAACUUUGAAAAAGCGACCUCAGAGCAUGCUUACCUCAGCACCAGCUUUACUGAAAAAUAUGAGAUGGAAGCCCCUUGCUCUGCAGCCACUUGUAUCUAGAAGUCCUACAAGCAGUGUGGCAACACCAUCCAGUACUGUCAGCACACCUACUAAAAGAGACAGCUCAGCCCUCCAGGACCUCUACAUACCACCACCUCCAGCAGAGCCUUAUGUUCCCAGAGAUGAGAAGGGGAACCUUCCAUGUGAUGACACUGGAAGACACUUAGUGGGAAAGCCAGUACAUAAAGGAUCUGAAUCUCCAAAUUCAUUUCUCGACCAAGAGUAUCGAAAGUGUUUUAAUGUUGUUGAAGAAGAUGCCAUUUUGUAUUGUUAUGAAUAUGAAAAAGGAAGAACAAGUAGUUCUGGAAGAAGAGAAAGCACACCAACAUAUGGGAAAUUAAGGCCUAUAUCUAUGCCGGUAGAAUAUAACUGGGUAGGGGAUUAUGAAGAACCUAGUAAAACAAAAAGAGACAGCAGGAGAGAAAAUUCACUUCUUCGAUAUAUGAGUAAUGAGAAAAUAACUCAAGAAGAUUAUAUGUUCCAAAGGAAUAGCAAAAAGGACACAGGGAAAAAAACUAAAAAGAAAGACAAGAAUAACAGUCCUAGUCAUUAUUCUCUAUUACCUAGUUUACAAAUGGAAUCAUUAAGGCAAGACAGUAUGAGCACACCUGGACCUGAACCAACUUUGUACCAUACAUUUCAACAAUCCUCUCUUCAGCAUAAGUCUAAAAAGAAAAAUAAAGGUCUAGCACCUAGUAAGAGUAAGCGACGGAUUUCUUGUAAAGAUCUAGGUCGUGGAGAUUGUGAAGGCUGGCUGUGGAAAAAGAAAGAUGCUAAAAGUUACUUUUCACAAAAAUGGAAAAAAUACUGGUUUGUUCUAAAGGAAACCUCCCUGUACUGGUAUAUCAAUGAAGAGGAUGAAAAAGCAGAAGGAUUCAUCAGUCUACCAGAAUUUAAAAUUGAUAGAGCUAAUGAAUGUCGCAAGAAGUAUGCAUUCAAGGCCUGUCAUCCCAAAAUCAAAAGCUUUUACUUUGCUGCUGAACAUCAAGAUGACUUGAACAGGUGGUUGAACAGAAUUAAUAUGCUUGCUGCUGGAUAUGCAGAAAGGGAAAGGAUCAAACAAGAACAAGAUUAUUGGAGUGAAAGUGAUAAGGAAGAAGUAGAUACACCUUCAACACCUAAACAAGACAGUCCACCUCCACCAUAUGACACAUAUCCACGACCUCCUUCAAUGAGUUGUGCAAGCCCUUUUGUGGAACCAAAACACAGUCGACUGUCAUCUACUGAAACUUCCCAGUCCCAAUCUUCACAUGAAGAGUUCCGUCAGGAACUGGUGGGGAGUACUACUGAAUCUCCCAUUCGUAAAACAGCAAGCCAGCGACGGUCUUGGCAGGAUUUAAUAGAAACACCACUGACAAGUUCAGGGUUACAUUACCUUCAGACUCUGCCCCUUGAGGAUUCAGUGUUUUCUGAUUCUGCUGUUAUCUCUCCAGAACACAGGCGACAAUCAACUCUUCCUACCCAGAAAUGUCAUCUACAGGAUCACUAUGGGCCUUUUCCUUUAGAGGGUGAACAAAUACAAGUUUUAAAUGGGAAUGGAGGAAAGCCUCGUAGUUACACUCUGCCGCGGGAUGGUGGGUUCAACCAUUGCUGCCAUAUACUUUCUGUCAGUGGUUCAAGCCAUCAAGAAGUGCCACAAAAAGAGCAAGAAGAAGAGAAACAAGGAGGAAAAAUUGAAGAAGAAAAUCAAGUAGAUGAAACUGAAAUUUUAGAAGACAAACCUGCAGAUUCAUUGCAAGAUUUGUACCGAUCUUUGGAACUAGCUAGUUUGUCCCCUCUAGGAGAUCGGCAAAUUUCUACCAAAAUGGAAUACAAGAAAUCUUUCAUUAAAAGAUGCUGUGACCCAAUAAUCAAUGAAAAAUUGCACCAAUUGCGAAUUCUGAAAAGCACUUUAAAGGCCAGAGAAGAAGAAGUAGCUAUGAUAGAUGAGGUUCUAGAUAAUCCAGAUUUGACAUCUAAAGAUUUUCAAGACUGGAAACAAAUGUACCUUGAUCUCUUCCUCGAUAGUUCUCAGAACAAUGCAGCACAAGAGCCAGUAAAUGAUUCUGAUGACGUUGAUGUGUUUCUAGGUUCUUUAGCACACACCCAUUCCUAUAUUGAAACACAUGUAUAACAAUAAUUUUAAACAUCUUAAUUCUUUGUUUUCAGCCCUUUUUACUCAAAAGAGUAGCUUUUAUAUCAUGUUGUAGGAUAUCUAUUUUAAUGUUUAUGACAUGAGUAAAGUACAAUUUAAUGGUCAUUGUAGGAAUACAAACUUAUAUGCAUUUUAUGCUGCUGAUGCUCAGUUUAUGUUUAUGUUUACAAAUGCUGGCUAUGAUCCAAAGGAGUGCAUUUAUGGAAUAGAAUGAUAAGCAUUUUGUUUGAUGUUGAUACUGACACAAUCUUCACUGCUGAAAAGUCAGUUUACUUUUUAAAUGGAACAGAAUUUAUUAACUUGUUUCUUUGGAUCAUGUCCAUUGUCUACCAUUUUUUAAAAAAAUGAUUAUAUAUUUUAAAUAAUACAUAAGUGUUGUAAUGAGUUACAUUUUCAAAGUGCAGCCUUUGUUUUAGCCAGUGUGACAAUUAAACAUUUAUAUUUAGUGGGAUAUUUUAGCUAUUUUAAUAAAUUACAGAAGAAGCAUAAUGCUGUGAUUAUGACUGCAUUUAAGGAAAAGGUCAGGGAAUAAGAAAACUGUACUUUCAUAAGCUUGAAUAUUAAAAAAUAAUAUUUUUCCAAGUUUUUUGGGGGGGGUUAUUAGCAGACAAUCUAUAACAGAUUAAUAAUGAUAAAGGGCUCACUUUGUUUUGAUUUUAACACAGUACUUCAGAGCACUAUGACCUUUAUCAUUGCCCCUUGGGUGAUUUUUAUACUGAAAAAUGUUGCUUUACCAACC